GUGACUGAAAGCUUCCUAAGCAAAGAAAUCAGCUGCGUGGUUUCCAGCAGCAAAGAGGCCAAAUGGGACAAAGCCAGGACUCGUACUGAGAAAUGGAGCAGCGUAUCAUCAGAGGAAGCAAAAGCCGCAAGCCCAACACCUUCUACCUCCAAAAGGAACCGUCCGAGACCUCACCAGAAGCCACCAGACACUGCCCUGAUCAGCAGAGGGAAGGAACUGUUGCAGAAGGCCAUGAAGAAUCAGGACACCUGCGGUGGCAGCAGCAUCCUCGCCAACGCCCGCCUGUGGGGAGUCCAGAUCCUGCACGUGGAUGACUUAAAGCUCCAGUUUAAAGUUCCAGUCUUCAAGCUCUCCAGCUCUGCUAAAGAGCAAGAAAUGUUGUCGUACACUCAGCAGCUGCUGCGUGCCGUCUCAGGAGCAAGGAAGCUGUGCCAGAAGACAGAGGCAAAAUGCCUCGCGUCCGGAUCCAAAAUUCCCAAAGGAAAACUGAAGCCCCCCUUUCUGAAGGUUGAAGACCAGAGCAGGCGAUUCCGACCCUUCCAUUGCCAGUUCAAAAGCUUUCCCGACCUGAAUUUCCUGGCACCCAAAGGCUCCAGCCCAUUUGAGCCUCUGAAAAGCCUCUCGAAUUCUUGCAGAGCCAGCGAGAGGGAGAAGAGCUCCCGGUCCACACCGGUCACUGUGCCCAAGAGAAAGAGGGGAUUCUGUGAGUGCUGCCAAGAGACCUUUGAAGAGCUGCAGAAGCAUCUCCAGAGCCCCCAGCAUCGGCGGUUUGCGCUGGACGCCUCGCAGUACGCGCCUGUGGAUCGCAUCAUCUCACAGCUCACCAACAGCUUUGUGGAGCAGUCAGACAG